CACAAAUCUGUUUUUCAAGUACAAAAUAUUACAAAAUAAUAUUAUUAAAGGAAUAAUUAAUUAAGGAAAAUGCCUUUUAAAAAGAAAAUGAAAGGAUUGCCUAGCGACAAGUUACCCGCAGAUGGUUUGAUGAGCCGAGACUUGGAGGCUUUGAAUCCGUACCAGCUCGCAUGCAUUCAAAGACUUGGCAAUACCUUGCAAUUGGAACAAGAAACAUAUUUGCUGCGGCACCCUGAGGUAAAAGCUAUGCUAGAACUGUUUAUUGGCAAAAUGACGCAAAAGAACAAAAGGAAAGGAGUUUUAAAAGAGGCUGCUGAGCACUUCACUAGACCUACCGCGGAGCUCGAUAGAGAAAUACUUGAAAGGCUUAAUUUACGUUCUCAAGGACCAUAUACACAGGGCAUGAACGUACCAGAACGAUAUUUCGACAAAAAUUUAAUGGAUGAUUUAAGGAAGCUUAUAAACGUUUACGAUAAACCUGACUCACCAAAGUUGUCUACUCCUGUGGCAUCAACAAUAAACACGGAAUCGUCAUCUUUUAUGUCCAUUCAAACAUCAGACACCACAUUGUCUACUCCUGAACCCAUACCAACGCCUGAAAUGACGCUCUCCGAAACAUUGUUCUCCUUUGUCUCGAACACCGUUGAUAAAGCGAUAUUCCUCAGAGUCGACGACGAGAUUCUAAACUAUGAUACAGCUUACAUAGAACUAUCUAAAGCUGUUGAGAGAGCUAUGGAGAUACCGGUGAUUGAGAUAAGAUUAGACAUCGCUGAACUUCUACAGAAUGCCUAUGAUAUGUUUGAAUUUAAAAUCAUGGAACAAGAAAGGAUUGCUGCCGAAAUUGCUUGGGAAAAAAGAAUGAGGAAGAAAUUAAAGAGAACAUUGAGGCGUUUGGACAAUUUUAAAGGAUACGAAACGCCACCUACGCCUAAAAGUGAGAUUUCAUCCCAUGAGAGCUAUAAAGUACCACCUCCACGCCCAUGCAUAUGCCACCCGCAAUUUCAUUAUAACCGAUAUCCAAAGGACAGGUUUGGGAUAUAUUUGCCAAGUGAAAAUAACUUUAGCACUGGCAACGUGACUGUAACGCCAGAAAUAUCUGAAUCCAGUGAUAAUGAUCAUGCUGAAGAUACACCAGCUAGUUAAAUAUUAUUGCAUUCU